AUGAGUUAUCCUAUGGAUCACUUUGUAUAAUUGUUAUACUUCGAUAACUUAGAGCAUUUGGAAAGUGGUUAGAACCAAACAAGAUAGAAAGUUAAAGAAGGAAAGGUGUGUGAUGAAAUCAUAUUUUAAUCACUUGUCAAAGUCUAGUUGAUCAGAAUUGUCAAACCAGGUUAUAAUGUGCAUUAGAAUCUCAAAAAAUUAAUUACAAUUACUCAAAGCGAAGAGCCUAUACGUAAUUUGGAGAUUUUUGCUAAAUCAUAUUAGACCAACAAACCAUAAUCUAGAUAUCAACUUCUCUUUGGAAGUCCUGAAAUCUCUUCCAACAAUUGUGAUAUCCUCAUCACACUCGAAUAGCCAUAAAUCACCGAUUUUAUUGUGUUUAGAGGACAAUAUAAACGACUUACAAUUUGCAUGUAUGGUGAAAUCAUGUCAGGACAAUCGAUUCAAAGUUACAAUCCUACUUAUGGUAAGAAUAUUGGAUUACAGGAGUUGAAUGAUGUAAUUGAUGCCAGAAUUUAAAGAGUACGCGCAAUUACUUAACCAGUUGAUAACAAAAUCUAUUAGCAGAUCAUUAAGUAGAGGAAUCAAGUUUUGGAUCACAUUUACAACCAAGAGAAUUACCAUUUAUGUGUUGACAAUAUUCAACCAUAAUUAUUACUUGAAGAUAAACAGUUCAAUUAAUAGGAGUCAUAAAAAUAAAUAGAAAUAUUGGCUAAGGAAUUGAAAUCAAUAGAUUAAGACUAUGAUUUUGUAGAUAAGCAAUUGGUGUCAUUGUAUCAUGAGAAAUUGGAAUAAAUGCAUAGAGUUUUAACUAAACAUUUAAAACAUUCAAAGGCAGACAUCCAUUCAGCUGCGCAUUUCAAUGAUGUUGAUCGUAUUUACAAAUUGCUCCCUACUUCACUUGUGGAUUCUGUGAUCUUUGCAAUCAACGCAUCCUAUUCUUCAGCCAUAAGAGCAUUUCCAAUUAUCAUUUAAUUAUUCAGUUCAAAAUACCAUGCCUUAUUAUUUUUGGAUAAGGGAGGCUUAAAUAAGUUAUUGGAAUUUCUGAUUGAGAAACAACAAUCCCCCAGCUACUUCAAAUUGAAGGUGAUUGAGACUUUGUAUAAUUGUAUGAAUCAUGUUGAAUUUUGUAAUGAAUUGAUUACUCGAAAUGUGGAGAUCAAAACACAAGAUUCUGAGAAAUCACCGAAGAAGAAGAAGAAAGUGAAGAAGGAUAAAGAGAAGAAGAAGAAGGAGAACAAGGAGGGCAAGAAGAAGAAGAAUAAGAAGAAGAGUAGAAGCAGGAGUAGGAGUAAGAGUAAAUCGAUAACUCAGGAGUAGCAGCAGUUUACAAGUGAAUAAGUGAGCAAUUUUAAUGGGUUUCAACUGUUGGCUUAUACGGCAUCAAAAAACGAAGACGAGAAGAUCGUUUAAGCAUGUCAUGUGGCUUUGAACAGAUUGUAGAUUUAUGUGAGAUUUAGGAAGUUGAAGAACAUGAUUGAUUUGGUUUAUUAGGGGAAAUUGGCAUUUACUGAGGAUGGAACCAUGGAGUUCUUAAUGAAUAAUCUACCAUAUCAGUGGGAAUUCGAGAAUCUUGUGGGACUGGAUUUGUUUCUGUUUGCUGUUUAGAAGGACUUUUAUUGUGAUAAGUAGAGGGAAUUGAUGUACUGUUUGUUUGAUGCAGAGAAGACGAAGACUGCCAAUUUUAAGUUGGUUAAGGAGAUAUUGUAGAUGAAGGAAUUAUGUAUAACAUAUGCAAAUGCAAUGUGGUUUAAGUAGAUGUAAUUUAUGAAGUAUAUUGCUGCUAUGAUGGUGCUUGGUUAGAAUUAUAGUUAGUGUUGUUAGUUGAUUUAUCGCAUCUUAUAAAUUAAGGGGGGCAUAGUGGUUAUUUGUCAGGAGACUACAGCCCUAAAGUUGAUAAUAAGAGUCUUAACCAAAAACAAUGAUAUAUAAUUAUUAAAUUUAAUAAAAUCAUCAUUAGUUUUGAUCAAUUUAAUGGAUUAAAUUUACAUUAAACUAUUAGGUUCUGAUUAUGAUUAUGAAUUGAUAUCAUUGUUAGGUUAAUUGUAAUAAUACACUGAAGAAUAAGAUGAAAUAACUCAGAAUUGUGCAGCUGUUACUCAUUUGAUGAAUAAUGAAUUCUUCAGUGAAGCCUUAUUGUAUAUCAUGUCAGUAACAAAGUUGGAUGACAUAAUUGAACAUGAAGUUGAAAUUACAAUCUAGUCUCAUAUCUUCAUCAAUAUUCUAAGGUACAAUGAUACACAUAAUGGACUAUUUUUGGCUGAUAGACUUCUAGCCCCCAAUGCUCGCUUUAUUAAGUUCAUCAACACAGAGAAAUCCAGAUUCAGCGCAGAUUUUAGAUUAUCACAAAUCCUAUUAUCUGGAGUAUUAGAACCUUACGAAUUAUUUUUGGCCAAAGAUACAACUAAAGCUAUUAGGGAGUCCUUUCAUGCUAAGUUGAAAUUUGUUGCAAUCAAUCAAGAUCCUGAUAAGAAUAAGUUGAAGGAAUAUUUUGGAGUGGGAGAACACAAGAAAGGAAUUCAUGAGGAAUUGAAAUCUGAAUUUAGACUCUUGGGAACAUUUGAUUAACCUUAUUAAAGUUUACAGUUUUUAGAUGGAGCAAUCAAAAUAUUUAAAUGGUUGUGUGACUGUAAUAAGUUUUAUUUCAUUCCAUUCUUUGAACAUGAAGUGAUAGCAGGAGUGGAAUGCUUUGCUGGAAAAUUGAUUAAUUUAUUUUCAGCCAUGACUUCAAAAAACAUAUAAACUGAAUAUAUGUUGAUUAAGUUACCAAAUUAAUAGUAGAUCUUGAGACAUUAUUUUGAUCUCACUUACAAUACUAUAGAAUUGAUCUAAGAAAGAUUGAAAUUCAGAGUAUAAUUGGGCUGCGAGAGUUCAUUCCAUUCCAAUGACUUAUGUAAGAUCCUCAUCGAUUUAUGGGUGUCCUUAUAAAAGGUCUAGCCUAAUGGACUCAGAGGUUGCAAAUAAAAAGUGGAAAGUUUAUUGAACAUUCUUAGGAAUUGCUUCAAUUAUGUUAUCACACUAAAUUCAUUCUAAGAAGAAGAUAAUGAACAAUUGAAGAUCCAUGUUUAACAAGGGAAUCAAGAGAUCUAGACUUUAUUUUAAUCUUUGUAUUUGUCAGCAUUCAGAAACUAAGAAGAGUAAAAGUACAUUCUGAAUCUGAUGCAAUACUUGAUUAAAGAUAAUUAAAAUAAACCAUAAUUUAGCAAUAACCUCUUCAAUGUAUUGUUUAAGCCAAUGCGUAAAAAUGAUGACGAAUUUGAAAAUUACACAAAGAAUGGAGACCUUGGAUUUCUUAUUGAUACCAUGGGAGAAUAAAAAUGUCUAUAAAAUCUGAUGUAAUCUUCUUUAAGAACAUUCGAUUCAACUUUGCAAAAUGAAAUGUUCAAAGUCUUAAGAAAUCUAUUGGAAUUGUAUGAUCAUAACAUUUCAUAGCAUCUGUUCAAAAUAAUUGAAGAUCAACUCAAGAAUUAUUCCAAUAAAAUUAAAGCCUUGGCCAAGAAGGAAGAUCAAUAACUCUAUUUGAAAUAUCGAUAAGAUUGGGUACUUUUGGGAUUAUUCUUAACUCAAGCUAUAGAUAUCUGUCUAUGCAACUGCGGUUUCAUGUACAUAUUUAAUUAUGAACAUUUGAAUGAAGACAUGAUCAAAAUAUACAAAUUGAUAGAUGCUGAAAAUGAUUACUGUGACACGUAACCAACUGAGAAGGCUUAUAAAUUACUGAUUGUAACAUUGCGUAAUCAAAUUCUACAAAUCUUCAAAAAGGCUGUAGAUCAUGAAUGCGGUGUUAGUCAAUUCUUAUAAUCGGAAUCUCAAUCCUACUAGUAUUUAAUCGAAGACAUUCCUCAUAUCACCUAUUUGUAGGAUUUGCUUAAAAGUUUGGCUAAGAAUUUAGUAAAGCAUAUUGAAUACUCAGAAGAUUCCAAAGAAUACUAUCAUCUGAAUUUAAUAUCAUCUAAAUUAAUCAUCGAGAUCUUGGAAUGUACUUCGAAGAACAUCGUUGGUCAAAAUAUCCUCCUAUAUUCUGAUUACACUUAAAAUCCUUACAAAGCUAAACCUAUUUUCUAAUUGUAUAGUAUUGUAGAUUUAGUUCAGCAAUCUCUUCUCAAUUACACCAACUUACCAUUUCAGCCAGUCUACACAGCAAUUAUUGAACAAUUCAUCAGUUUACUAUUCCGAUUAUUUGUAUCUAUAUCCAAUAAUGUCAUUCACCCAGGAGAUGUAAGAAAAAGAGCCAUUUAGACACUCUUGUUUAACAAACAGGAAAACAUCGUUGAUUUCAUUACUAAUCUUUCUAAUUAACUGACCAACAUCCCCUACUUCCUUAAACAUUUAAAAUUGCUCCAAUACUUAUUGAAAUAAAUCGAAUCCAACAACAAAGAAAUUAAGGAUCAAAAUGUAACAUUGCCCAGUGAACCACGCUCACACUAAGUUGUCUUUUAAUUAAUACAAGAAAAGAUUUAACAAUAGCAAUCUAAAGUAAAGCAACAGUAGGUCUUGAGUUCCUUCUUCAAAUCAACUGUUUUGGAAGGUGAUAAAAUGUUGAAAUACUAAUCACUCACAGUAAGUGAAGUGACCCCAUGGAAAUUGGCAUUUAAAGAAUUGAAAAAAGAACCCCCAACUCAAUCAAACACAUUCUUAUUCCCAGAAGUGCUCUAUAGAGAUAAAAUUUUCAAGAUGGUUCCAUUGGAAAUACCAGCAUAUCCAAAAACAAUUAUAAAUGACAUUAUGUCUCUAUAGAUUAGACAACCCAUGAUUUCCAAGGAUAGAAUAGGGUUUGCCAAGAUAUCAACAGUUCAACCUACUUUAGAACAAAUAAGACCUGCAGUUCCUAUUCCUAUUAGAACACCAACAGUGGAAGCUCCCCCUCCUCUUUAUAAGCCAGAAAUGAUGUUCCCAUUGUAGCAACCCAAUGUGUAACCUCACCAAAAUCCUAUAAACAGCACUCCUGUAAUUCCGAUUCGGCCUUAAAAUGCAAACAGCAAUUACAAUCUAUUGGAUUCGAUAGCUCCUCCUGUUACUUUCCAUCAAUUGGAAGAUCCACGACUUUCAAGAAGACAAGAUUUUAAUAUGCAUCCAUUGUAACCGAUUUAAUAAUAGAGUGGCAUUCAGUAGCAACAAUAAUAGCAAAUAUAAUAGUAAUAGGCCAUGCAACAACCCAUCCAUUAGCCUUAUCCAAUUCCUUAAAUCCCCAUGUAUAUGCCUUAAAUGUCUGCUCAAAUGGGCAGUUAAUUACCUAGUCAGAUGGCUCCUCCAAUGUAAUAAGUAUAGCCUCCUUAAAUCUAAUAACAAAUUCAACAGCCAGGUCUGCAAUAACCUAUGAUGCAUUUGCAUCCCUAACACUCUAUUUCGUAGCAACCGCCAGUGUAACAGCCAUAAGUACAACAACAGCAGUAGCCAAAUGAAUUGGCAGAGUUGAUUGCAAUGAUGAACGAAUAGGAGAAGGCAAUUCUGAGGGAGUUUUUGACUUCAAAGGAUCCAAGAAAGUUGGAGUAGUUGGAAUAGAAGAGAAUUGAGUAUCCGAGAAUUGAUUAAUUUUUAAUGGCGCUUUAACAAUAACAAAAAAGGAGAGGCUAAUGA